CCCACCAGGCCCGCGCGCCUACGUUCCGCCGAGCCCCGCGCAACCGGAAGUGGCCGGGCCCUAGGCGGAGGGACCGGGCGAAGCGGAAAUCACUCCUGAGGCAGUGGCGACGGCGAGAGGAUGAACAACAAGUUCGACGCAUUGAAAGACGAUGACAGUGGGGACCAUGACCAGAAUGAAGAAAACAGCACACAGAAAGAUGGUGAGAAGGAAAAAACGGAACGAGACAAAGGUCAGAGCAGCAGCAAGAGGAAGGCUGUUGUCCCCGGACCAGCAGAGCACCCCCUGCAGUACAACUACACGUUCUGGUACUCCAGGAGGACGCCUGGCCGGCCCACCAGCUCGCAGAGCUACGAGCAGAACAUCAAACAGAUCGGCACCUUUGCCUCUGUGGAGCAGUUCUGGAGGUUUUACAGCCACAUGGUGCGUCCCGGGGACCUGACCGGCCACAGCGACUUCCAUCUCUUCAAAGAGGGAAUCAAACCCAUGUGGGAGGAUGAUGCAAAUAAAAAUGGUGGCAAGUGGAUUAUUCGGCUACGGAAGGGCUUGGCGUCCCGUUGCUGGGAGAACCUCAUCCUGGCCAUGUUGGGGGAACAGUUCAUGGUUGGGGAGGAGAUCUGUGGGGCUGUGGUCUCUGUCCGGUUCCAGGAGGACAUUAUUUCCAUAUGGAACAAGACUGCCAGCGACCAAGCAACCACAGCCCGAAUCCGGGACACGCUUCGGCGAGUGCUUAACCUACCUCCCAACACCAUUAUGGAAUACAAAACCCACACCGACAGCAUCAAGGCCUGGGAGGAGUUUCAUGGCCUGGUGAACAGCAGCGGCCGCUGAUCGGACGCUCCCCUCUGUCUCUCACACUCAGGGGACAACUCCAGCUUUCGAAACACAAAAAUCACCUUGUGAACGUGCACGGGCUGGCAGUGAUCCCCUCCUGUGUGUGUGUUGCCGGAGCGGACGGGGGUCUGUGGCUGGCCCUCCCUCUGCCCCCCUCGGAAGGGCGUCCCUGAGCGGCCUGCUCCCUUUUGCACUCGUCCCCGGAGGACGGACCCGCCAGACGCCCUCUAGCAGCGCCGACCUUGUAAAGCGGAAGAAUGGCAAACGUGACUCUGUAACAGACACACUUUUCUUGUGGGUUUCUGUGGGGGCGGUCCAGCCUUUCCUUUUGCCGCGUGCUGCCCGGGCGCCUCCCGGGCCUCCUGCCGUGCUCCGCUCUGCUGUACGAAGGCGCUGCGGCCGCGGGUGCCCGCCGGAGCUGUGGACUGGGGGCUGUCAGUGUUAGGGACGCCUGUGCGCCCAGGAAGCACUGUGUGUCGCCGAGUCCCGGGGUAGCUGUAAAUGCUCUCUUCUAGCUUUGCCAUUAAAUUAUUGGGACGUUUUGUUUA